AUGCUGAGAACUCUCCUAGUCAAACAAUUCAUCGGUGACCUCUCUGUGGAUCAAUGUCUGGAUGUUUCUGAUCGACAGGACAUAUCAGUGAUAGUGAGUAAUCAGAUCCAGAUAUGGAGUUUGCCGAAGUACCCCACGGAUGGCCUGUUCCCAAUGCAACUCGAAACGGUCACUUCAGCGGAUGCCGUGCUGAAUUUGACAACCGGCUUAUUCUCGCAAGCGACGGCGGAAACCAAAUUCUCGAACAACGAUGCCAUGUACGUGUAUCUGGAUCAUACGAUGAGCCCCGAAGACGAGCUCCACGGACUUCAGCGUCGUUCAUUCAGAAUGGGGCGCUGGUCACCGGCAGCUUUGAGCUCCACGGAGUGUGUCCUCGCCACGCUCCAAGUGGAUCACCGUUUGAGGCUCCACCGUUACAUUCAGCGAGAAUGGCAGGUCGUCACUGAUGUGAGCGAAGCGCUGAGUGAGUUCGUGCGAAAGGAGAAUCAGUCGGAGAUCAGCCAGCUCGCAGAUAUACGCCAACACUGGGAGCACUUCACGCUGGCUCGCUCCAUAGUCCAUCGUAUGGCGAUUGUCAACUUUGCUUGGGCGGUGCCCUCGCAUUUCGAUCGACGAUUACAUUUGGCUUUGGCUCUGAAAGACGGCUCGCUUCGCUUUGUAGUCGUGCAGGUAUCUGGCGAAGCUACCGAGCUGACGAUUUCGCCGUCGAGUUUUCGGCCAAUCACCGGAAACGAGGCCCAGCUCGCCGUCGUCUGUUUACGCUGUGUUGCACUGAACGAAGACGUCUUCGUCGUCCUUGUGGGUUAUUCGAAUGGUCUCUGCCAUGCUGUGAAAGUUCAGAGAGAUUGUACCUACGAUUUCGGGGAGGCCGUGGCGUUAUGGAGCGAAGACGAUGACGUCACCCCGAAAGAAAUGUUCUGCACUGCCAGAGAAAACCGCCUGAUCGUGACAAUUGUUAAAGGGGCUUGGCUCUGUUUAGCUGCGAUAGAUUUAGAAACGAUGCGUACGGUCGGAGAUGUUCUCCCGAUAAAAACCGAGGGCAGGUCCGAGUGCACAAGCUGUCAUCGCACGAACAUCCCAGCCGCAGACGAUUACCUCGAGAGUUUACUCUUGACUUACCCGAAUGAGAAGACUUUGCAUUGCGUUAUAUCGGAGAAUCUCACCGUUGAGGUUCGGAACCUCAGCAUGGAAGUGACACACGGAUAUCGCGCCGUCGGAAGCGGGGAAAGCUACAACGGGGUGCUCCUGUACGUAGUGGAGAAAAUGGCUUGCAUGUCCGACAAACUCAUGCUAACCGGAGCGAACAAGCUCAAAAUCAUCUCCACGGUGCCUAUAGAGAACGCGACGGCAACCAUCCUUAGUAUUUUCGAGCACAGUGGAAACAUGCUCUUCCAAAUCAAGGACUACCUCGAUAUACUAUUUUACAAUUACCAGAAGACGGAGCGACUUCCUGAAGAUCUAUCGUUCUAUUUAAGGGAGGAAAAUCUGGCGUCAGAUAUUCUGAAAAACUAUAAGACAACCCAGAUUCUGAUAAUUCGCUUGCUGCUCCUCUGGAGUCCACCUGCGAAACGGAACACGAAAGUACUGUCCGAGCUAGCGAAAGAGACGCUGCGACGAAGAUAUCGCUUCAUUCUCGCGAAUAAUCACAACCAAGAUGGAUUGAGUGAGGUUCAGCGGCGUUCCUUGGUCCUUUUCGCUGACUUCCUCCAGGACUCGGAGCCAGAACUCAGCAGGGAGGCUUACGUUUCUCUGAAGUGUACUUCCCCGAGCCGCAACGCACGAGACUCCUGUGAACUGUGUGAUGGCGAGGUUCGGUUGAAUCUCGACGAUCCCAGCAUUGGAUCGUGCUCCCGUGGUCAUCGAACCAGCAGAUGCAUGUACAGUUUGUUAUUAUGUCGCACAAUCGAUCAAAUGAGUAGAUGUCUCACGUGUGGAUGGUAUGCACUCAACGGAGAAAUAUGGGAGAAACCCGUUGAAUGUUUGCUCUGUGGUCUGCCUCUGAGUGCUUAUCCCUAGAGGGAACGAAUCCCUUCUAUUCAGAGACUCUCCGCGCGAGGUACUUC